ACUCGCUCGGCACAAGAUGGCAUCCUUCUACAGUGAUUACUUUCCAAAAGAUCUGUUGUCUAGCCUAAGCGCAGAGGUUCUAUAUAUAAUACUGUCGUAUCUUCCAGCAAAGUCUUUGCUGAACGUAAGUGAAUGCAAUCGUCGACUGAGAGAUUUAUGUCAGAAUUGUAAUUCCCUCUGGAAACAUCUUUGCAAGGUAAGCCCUUUUCCGGUUUCCUGUGAGUCGAUUCUCGAGGAAGUUUCAGUGCCUUUCUUGCUUUCCCUCGAUGUUCAAGUCAUUUUAUUCCGUUCUUCUCAGAAAAAUUAGUAAGCCCAGCACUUUAUCUUUAAGUUCGCUUGAUUGUAGACAGCGGAUACACUUUUUCUUUGCCAGUUUAUGUAGCUGGCAAAUGCCUGCUUUUGUUUGUGGUUCCAUCUGAAACAUUCUUUUUCCUAUAAAAAAAUAUACAUGUUAUUUAUAUCUGAAGAUAGUUUUAAAAGUAAUUCAUGAUAUAGUACGAGAUGAAAGAUCAAAGAUAAUCCUUUCUUGAUAUGGUUUCCCACCUUUAUUAUGGCCAGCUCCUCGAUCCGAUGAUGACCACUUUUUUUAUGGGUCGCAUUAUGUGGAAUGUUAUAUAAUAAAUUUAUGAGUGGCUCAAGGAUUUGUUAAACCUAUGCAGCAAGCCCUGUAUGGAGGGCACAUGCCUUAAAUUAUUGUUAAUAUAGUUUUGAACUAUAGGUGGUUUCCAGGGACAAGGUAAAGCUCCCUAGAAACACAUGUAGAAUGGGGUGCCCAUUGACACACCAGUAUUUUCACAGAGCAAAAUUUGUGGAUUAUACGGCUAACAUUAGAAGAGUUACCAUGUUACUACCUUUUCUGUGAAGAGGGUGGGAGGAGGGGCGGUGCUGAGCAGUUACAAACUUGAACUUCGGAUCAGGAGGGUCAUGUUCAAGCCUUGCCUUUGCAUUGUGUCCUUAGACUAGAAACUUUGCUUCACUUUGUCUCUCUUCACCCAGGUGUAUAAAUGAAUACUGAUAACAUAGAGGCUCUCUUAGGGUAAAUUCUGACAAGUAACUUGGCCUUGAAACAGCUACACAUAAGACUAGAUGAAAAUGGCAUCAAACGGCCCACAGUGCAAAGAUAGGUUAAAUAUCUUCAGGGAAAUGGCCUAAUCCUCAAAAUGUGAAACAACUGUAUUUGAGAGAGACUACUAAGGGACAUGUGUACCCCACCCCCCCCCCCCCCCAAAAUGGCCCUCAACCUACUGCUGGGGUUAAACCUACGAUGGAGUAGCAUCCCAUCCAUGGAGGGAAUUGAACUAUUUUUAUACAAUACAUAAUUUAACAUAUGAUACAUUUUUUGUUCAUAUUUCUGUUUCUCAAGGUAAUAAUAACGUUUCUGUUUCUUAACGUAAUCGCUUAUUAAUAUAAUAAAGGUUCAUUUUGAAAAAUGUAUGGAAAAUAAAUAGAAAUGCCUACAGGACCUAAAUAAACGGUGAAUCACUUCACACCAUGGCAACCAAAUUAAAAAAGCUCCUCUCUGAUCCACUUGGCUUGUAUGUGAUGCUUUACCCUUUAUGUGUUACAACCUUUUAGGGGCAUUUUGGAUAAUAAAGCAAAAAAUGAAGUACACAAUGUGUUACUCAACUGAACUGUCGUUGAUGUAUCACCUAACAUAUAAAUAGCCAGCGCCUGCUUAUUUGAUGUUUUUGAAUAUUUUAUUCCUCUUAGAGAUGCAAACAAACUUGAACCAUAAUUUAAUUCCGAAAACCCAAGUACAUGAAUUUAAGGUACCUUUUAGAGGAAAGUCAUGAUCACUGCUUAAAAAUUUUUAGAAUAGGAGCAGGUAGGGAAGAUCAGAAGCACAAUGUUUGUCCAUUUAGGCUGUGAAAGCAGAAAACUUCCUUUACAAUAUUAAACUCAUUUGCUGGUUUCCUGCACUUUAUUUUGAUAAACAAAAUUACAGCAUUUAAUAAAAUAAUUUAGUUGACUAGGAUAGUUUUUUAAACACACUUUCUUCAUUUGAGUUCAAAUGUUAAGAAAGCCAUUAUUCUUACCGGACUCUUAAGCUUUCAUUUCCUCCGAGUUCUACUUAAUAGUCAGAUUACAAGCUGUAAUCCCUUAGUAGGCAAAACAUAGUAGGAUUCCCUGAGAUCGUGCUUCUGUGGCCUAACUUUGAGUAAUUACGUUGUUCCAGAAUGGAAACAAUAUUUUAUUGCACCCUCUCUCUUUUCUCUCUAGACUCUUGUUUUCCUCCUUUCAUUCAUCAUAAAACCCUGUUUCAUCUUUCACAGGACCUGCACUCACUAUUUUAUAGCCUGGGACCAGGCUCUGCAGUGGGGCAAAGAGGCAAAAAUAUUGGCAAGCAAAGCGAGUUGCGCAGAAGUCUGGGAAGGGGAAAGGGCGCUCUUUCUCCUUUGCUAGUCCACCACUUGACAAGCUGUUUUACCUCAUUUUUGCCUCUUUCUCUCACUAUGAUUUCUGGUCUAAGGCAAUAUUUUAAUGGUAAUGACCUUCAAUAUUGGUCAAAGGUACCUUCAAUUUUAAAUAAUAAUUUUAAAAAGUUUAGUAUAUAUGUUGUAGUUAAUUUUUUAUCUCGGGUAAUUUUUCUUUUUCUUUUUUUUUUGGUAUGGUAAUGUAUGCUAAUGAAGUACAACAUAUAUCUUUUUGUGAUGAGUUUAGUAAUCAAAAAAUCCUUUAAAAUUCCUGUCUCUUCAUACAUUGUAACUAAAAAAGAUAUACAUUGUACAUAAUGCAUUUUGAUGUAAAUUUUUUUGUGAGUUUCCAAAAGUACAGAUAAGCUUUUAAUGAGUUCUUUUCCCUGAAUAUUUUUUUAGAUUGAUUUUGAUGCUGAUUUGACAGUCAAAGGUUCCUUCCCAUCCUUCUAUAUUUUGUAUCAGCUAUUGUAUAAAUCACGUAUUAUACUUGAAGACACAGACUACAGUACCUUCAGUGGAUACCUACCUGACUGGCUGUAUUAUUGGAGUGCUCUCAGUACUAAACCACCUCUCCCUGGAUUUCGAAACUUGCCAGCCGGGAGAACAAAGAAAACAUGGGGUAGGAUUCGAGUUAAGAUUUAUAUUUAUUUCUGUGCCUCUCAAAUCUGAUUUUGAAGCUCAAAAUAAUGUUAUUGGCAAAUGCUGUCCAGCCAAGUCAAUAGAAAUACUAAGGGGGCCAUAGAAAGUAUCAGUAUUAAAUAGGUCAUGUUUAGCUUGUUGAGCUGCUGUCAAUGGUUUAUUGGAAUAUCAUAAGGGAUUUUGGAAUGAUUAGUGAUUUGAAAUCUCUUCAAGUCUUCUCCCAACAUCCCUAAAAUUGUUUACUUUUUAUUUUCUUGUUUUUGUUUUUUAAUGGUCUAAUGCAUUUAUAAAAAAAACAAACGGGUAUCUGAAAUUAAAAGUAUUAUUUCAGUUAAAGUUAUGACGGCCUCAAAAUUCAUGUACAUGUAUGAUUAAGUUUUCACUUGCAUUUUCAGUGAGGGCUAUAGCAAUGCACUCUUUGUCGUUGUAUUAUCCAUAUCAUAACUGAUUUAUUUUUUUUUUGUUAUUUGUCUCAAGGUCUCACUGAAGAGGACUUGACUAAUUAUCAGCUACAGUCUAGUAAGUCCAGAGAAAUCGUCAGGCUCGAACGAUAUUACAGCUGGACAGAUGGUCUAGAAGCAGCUUUGUGUAAACACCAAAGUAGACAAAGAUUCCAUGAAGUAGCUCUCAAACGAUGCAUGCGAAGUCAGAAACAAAUACACAAAACAUUUCCAAAGGCAUCUAGGAACCAACGGAAAAGGGCAUUUAAUAAAUUCCAGAAUGAACAUCGCAGCCUGAAAAAUAUUCUUUCCAAGCAAAAGGAAGGGUCUGGCGAGUUUUUGAGUUAUCAGAGUCCUCACAAAAUUGGGCAGGAUUAUAUUGAAGGUAGUAAUACAACAUUUAUUUUUUAUAUUUAAUACAGUGAAAUCUCUUUAACCCUUUGAUGGCUGCUUUGGUUGUUUUCGUUCCAUAUGAAUGAACGAUGCAUAUUUUCUUUCCUGGACCCAUUAAGCUUUCUGUUUAAGGUAAUAAGUUGUGAAGCAACAGCUUAAGCAAAGAUAGAUCUUUUGACUGAUACAUGUACCUCGUUUUCGAUAUUCUGACCAAUCCUAACAGAGCUACACUCACAAAAAAGUAACAUUUUGGAGAAAAAUCCACGUCCAAUUUUGGGUUUUCCUAUUACUCUUUGAACAUUAAGUUUGUCCCUUCCCUAAAAAGUUAACCAGCGCCCAUUCGCAAAAAAACCUUUGUGCAUGCGCAAAAUAUGCUCCUUUGGUUGCAAAACUCAUUUUUUAGCCAAUCAUAUGCUAAUUUGCCAAAAACCAGUCCAAAGAAAAGGAAUUGGUGAAAAAUGCAUUUUUUAAUGCAGACACCAAAGGCAAAAAGUUAGACCUGUGUCAUUUUUUUUUCUUCUGAGACGCCUUUGUUACUAACCGAAAGAAAAAAACAGACAUCUUUCUCAUGAAUUACAUGAACUUAAGUAUCCCUGGGACAAAGAGAACUGUUUAAAUAAUCUGUACUUUACAGGUGACCAGUUGAUUCUCUAUGUGCGACCACCUCUCAUAUUUUAAUGUGGUUACUUAAAAAGUGACCACUUUAUAUUCAAAACACAGUAAGUCUCCAAUUCAAAAUUUGAGUUGUAAGGUGGAACUGCUUUGUUUUGUCUGCGUUCAUAUAGUUUUUACGAUUCAACGGGUAUUGAUGAUGUCUGUUUUCUUUCUUUUCGUAAUAAUACUGUUAUCAACCAAUAGCCAUAAUGGGAUGGCCUUGUAUCAAAAUACUUCCGUUUUCUUUAGAGUCCAACAAUGUUUUGAUCAACUCCGUUUUCAAAGAAGCUCACAAUUUCAUAUAUUUUCUAGGCUAUCUUCACAAGAGUGGUAUAAAGCAACUGGAAAGUUACAUCGAGUUUGCGAAGCAGCUUGAACAGGGACUCGACAUAGCAGAACUUACUAAAGACAUCCCUGAAUGUGUUCUUCUGGUUUAUGAAAAACUUUCGCCAACGGCGCAUCAGCGAUUCAUUCAAGCUGAAGAAUUCCUAGAUGUUGCCAAAGAAUACUUAGAAAGAGUUAAACGUGUGUGGAGGUGGCAGAAUGAAAAUGGUACUGAAGUAAGGAAGACUUUCCGAGAUUGUCCUGUAGUAAAAGCUCAUCCAUCCUAUAGGUAAUGUUUGACAUGUUUAUUAUAGGUUUUUAGCAAUAUGGUAAUCAUUUUUUCUUUUCUCUGUCUCUGUUUUUGCCGAUGACUAAGACCUUUCCACUGACAGUUUCGUUAAACGCUUGACCUUGAUACUAACUACGCGUGCUAUAAAAUUUGAGAUAAUUUUGGGCAAGGUUUGGUGACUUAAUUUAGGUGCUUUAAGUCAUUCAAAGCGUUCCGAUUCUUUACAUAAAUCUUCUAUCACGUACAAGAAGAUCUACCGGGUGGUUAUUUGCCUCGCGUAACACAACUCUUUUACAUUUGGAAUUUUUUUUGCUACUUGUUUCGCAACUGUUCUGCGACACAAUUCACAGUUGUAACUACCCUGAAAUGAACGAGAUUGCGGACGAGAUUGGUAUUGUAGUGAUUGUAGGUAAAAUCCUGAAUAAGUAGUUUGUCAGUUUGAUAGGUUCAUUACUAACAACAGCGUGUUCUUCUCAUUCUCAGUGCAUACAUCCAGACAGGAAACGAAUCUCACUUCAAAACUCUCAAGUUGAACUUUGAAGGACUUGAAAAGUUAAAAACUUGGCUCGAUGAGAACCAAUGGAUUAUCAAGCUUCUGGACUCGAACUUUAUCUCUAUUCUACGAGGAGCGCCUUUGCAAAAGUCAAACAACGAAGUUACCGCGCAAGCGAUUCAAGCACUUAGGAAAAUGGUCAAACUCUUUCUUAAAACAGGACGAAGAGUUGAUUUUGAUCGAAUUCUUAAAAGAUUGGCCGAAUCAGCGAGAAGGUUUCUACACAUUCAUCUGGAGUACGUAGAGAGCUUAGAAAGAACACUUUCUCGUGAUUAGAACCUUGUGGCCUUGUUCGGGACUUUAGUCCUAUUUUCCAUUUCCUCCGUGACAGAACUAACUAGCCCGUUUACAGAGGCUGUGGUCUACACGACUAGUUAGUAGUUACCGUUACUUGAAAGAGCGCCUUGCUCGUUCAAUUUCAAUGCGUUGCUCAUUUAAGGAACUUCGGCUUUUUUAGGAAUAUUAAACGCAGUAGUCGUAAUCUUUCCUCAACUUCCUUGUUUUCUUGAAAAAACGAUUACGACAGCCUGCGUGAAUAAAUAACAUAAUAAAAGUCACUUUUGUACUGGUGCAAAGUUAAAGGAC